CCCAGGUGGGUCCAAUGUGCUAUCACAUUGUUCUCUUGUGAUCCAAUACAAAUCAAAAUGAUUUCCAAAAAUGUGUCGUUGGAUUAAAAAAAGUGCUUGCACAUCAGCACAGAGAAAAUAAGACCAAUACAAAAUUAAAUACAUUAUCUUCAUCAAACUGGAUUACUGGGAGGGCGGCCAAGGUCAAACAGUGAAGAAUGUGACCCAUAGAUAUCAAUAAGUAGAUAAGACAGCUGUGUGCUAACUCCAAAGCUACAAUAAGGAGGUAGGUAAAAGUUGUCAGUGCAAUCAGUGCGUGUGGAUGGCAAAAACAAACACAAAGGAACAAAAGAACCACAAGAAGGGAACUGGAUAUAACUUUUAACAGCUGAAGGAAGAGCAAGCGUCGAUAAUGACGUCAGCAGGCACCGCUGUAAGCCGGAAAUAAACUUCAAUUCCCAGCAUGCAGCUGGCGCUGCGACAACAAGGCCGCAGCUGGGCGCGAGGCACCCGGCCAGCCAAAAAGAGGAAACACCGCUUGGCCACUCGUCUUUCUAUGAAACUUCUGGAAGGUCGCGCUUGACAUGGCCACCGACCAAGAAGUGGAGCGCAUCGGCAGAAAACUUGACAAGAUGGUUCACAAGAACAACACGGAUGGAGCAUUGGACCUGCUGAAGGAGUUGAAGAACAUGACAAUGUCUCUGGGAACUUUGCAGUCCACCAGAGUCGGAAUGUCGGUGAAUGCUGUGAGGAAACAAAGUUCAGACCAGGAAGUACAGAAUCUGGCCAAAGUGCUCAUCAAGUCCUGGAAGAAAUUAAUAGACGGUUCAAAGGAUAAGUCUGAGAAAAAGGAGAAGAGUGAUGGCUCUCCCGUCCGGACGACAUCCAGCUCCAAGGACUCGUGCGACAAUGAGAAAAGCAAGACUAGGGAUAAGUCCCCCGCUGGCAUGCCUUCCUUGGCCACUUCCUUCCCAAGCAUUCCCCUCACCACAGACAAUGUUCGGAAUAAAUCUCGAGAGCUAUUGGUGGUGGCCCUGCAAACUGCCGAUGACUACAAGAACUUUGGCGUCGACUGCAGCCUCCUUGCGGCGCAAAUUGAGGAACAGAUCUUUGAAGAUUUCAAGUCAACAGACAUCAAGUACAAAGCGCGUCUGCGGAGUCGUAUCUCCAACUUGAAGGACCAGAAGAACCCGGACCUGCGGCGGAACGUCCUGUGUGGAAACAUCUCCGCUCGGCGCAUCGCCUCCAUGACUUCGGAGGAGAUGGCGAGCGCAGAGCUGAAGAAGAUCAGAGAGGAUCUGACCAAGGAGUCCAUUCGGGAGCAUCAGCUGUCUAAAGUGGGUGGGAGCGAGACGGACAUGUUUGUGUGCGCUAAGUGUCAGGGGAAGAACUGCACUUACACGCAGGUGCAAAUUCGCAGUGCGGACGAACCGAUGACCACCUUCGUGUUGUGUAAUGAUUGUGGCAACCGAUGGAAGUUCUGCUGAGGAGUGCAUUUUAUUUUGCCGCCAUGAUGUAAAAGAAGCAGCUGAAUUUUGAUUUGAAGGGUAGCUUUGCUUUGGAACAUUUCUCAAAACUAAAUGUAUGUACAAAUAUGUACUGUAUAUCUUAAGAUAGUAAUGAUGGGAUAUUUAGUGGAAAAAAAGUAUUGCAAGUUUGUCUGUUGCUAUUUCUUUUGUAUAGAAUAUAUGUUGAUGUAUAUAAAAUGUUCGCCAGUUGUUGAGCUAUUUGGGCUUCGUGGAUGUUUUUUUUUCCACACGAAUGUUGGGUCCAAUAAAGUUACCCUUAAAUUACUGCA